AUGGAAGGGCUAUUGGCCGAACAAAAGGUGACGCUCAAAUCAAUCACUCGCUCAUUGGAGAAUUUUAAAAAAAUCGGAAAAGACAAUCUCACGUACGGAAUCGUGCGAUCCCGCCUGCAAAAAUUGAAGGAUGAUUAUGCUCGAUACGAGCAUACACAUGCCAAGGUACUCGCUCUCGCAACCGAGGACUUCGUCGCCACCCACAAAUAUUUCACCGAGGACCGAUUCUCCGCUUGUGAAGCAGCAUAUUAUACCGCCUCUGAUUACAUGGCCGAAUGGGAAGCGCAGCUGGAACCCCAAGCGACAUCCACUCCCGAGCCGUCAUCCAUCGUAAGCCAUCGUCAAAACGUCUUCACAUCCCGGUCAGCGUUUCAACUUCCGCGUAUAAGCUUGCCGAAAUUUUCCGGCGAAUUUAGCGAUUGGGAAUCGUUUCGCGAUCAAUUCAAAGCGUUGAUAAUCGAGAACAGUGAUCUCGUAGAUGUAAAUCGCCUGCAAUAUUUACAUUCCUGCGUGAAGAGCGACGCGUUCGAUAUCGUGCGAAAUCUCGCGUUAGUCGAUUCGAAUUUCAAGGUCGCCUGGGACUUAUUAAUAGCACGCUACGAUAACAAAAGACGCUUGGUGCACGAGCAUAUUCACGAGUUGACAUCACUCACGCCGAUUAAUUCCGAAUCCGCGUCCGCGCUUUCCGCGUUAAGAGAUAAAGCGAACGUGGCAAUUAAAGCGUUAAAACAUCUCGGGCGGGCGGUGGACCAAUGGGACGAUAUUCUUGUAUAUUUGAUCGUGCAAAAAUUCGAUAAGGCCACUCGAAAAGCGUGGGAAUUACAGCUCGGAGAUACAACCGAGUAUCCCACGUUUGAUAGUCUCGAACAGUUUUUAACCUCGCGUAUACGCGCUUUUGAGAAUAUUCUGCCGUUCAAUAAGGGCAAGACUUCGAAUCAGCUGUCGGUGCAAAGCCAUGUAACAAAUACAAGUGCAAUGAAAUGUCCCGUUUGUCAGAAACCGCAUCUAUUAUUUGCGUGUCCGGAAUUUCGAAAUAAACCCGCAAGCGAACGUCGAGAAAUAGCUCAAAGGGUUCGGUGCUGUUACAAUUGUCUGAGUACCAAGCAUAAUCGGAAAAAUUGCCAAAGCAAACAUACGUGUCAACAGUGUCAACAGAAGCAUCAUACUCUUCUCCACGAAGGCGACACGAGUAAAGUUAAUGAAGCACGCUCUCCGACUGCGAGCACCUCGACGGCGGAUGAACCCGUCUCGAUUAAUACGCACGUUGUUUCACGCGUUAACUUUUCAAAAACUGGCAUUCUACUCGCGACAGCUUGGGUCGCGGUUCAUAGCGCUACCGGCACCCGGGACGUCGUACGCGCAUUAUUGGAUCAGGGCUCGGUCACAACUCUCAUUUCAGAACGAUUAGCUCAACGCUUGCGACUUAAGCGAUCUCGUGUUUCAGUCUCGAUAACAGGCAUCGGAUGCGCGGCGUCCGUUGCCAAACAAGCAGCACGGAUUGACAUCUCCCCCGCGACAUCGCGUGGAAUUCUCGCCGAGUUGGAAUAUCUGCGCUCUCUCAAUCUAGCCGACAGCGAUCCAACAAGCUCGGAGCCCAUCGAUAUCAUUAUUGGAGCUGACCUUUACGGAUCAGUUCUGAGAUCAGGCAUUCGAUCGCGAUCUUCACAAGAACCCGUAGCGCAAAACUCCAUUUUCGGGUGGAUUCUCUCCGGACCUAUGUUCACGGAACUAGAGUCCGCCUCCCAUCAGUUAUCGACGCAUCACUGCACAGUGCAUGCGGACCUCGAUAUGCAGUUGAAGCGCUUUUGGGAGAUUGAAGAACUCCCUCGUUCGCGUCACAUCUCCGGAGGAAAAGCGGUGCGAAGAACAUUUCGCGUCGACUCAUUCUCGCUGUCCGACCGGGAGAUACAUAGUCAGGCUCCCAUUCAAAACGCCUCCUCCAUUGAGCCUCGGCGAUUCAAGGUCGGCGGCUCUAGCCUUGUAUACUCGAGCCGAAGCUCGUUUGAAAGCGCGGCCUGA